UCCAAUAAGGACGCAAAUAGUUUUGGAUUCACUUACAAUAGCCCCAACCAGAAAAUCCUGUUCAUGCGAAGCAAAGUAAACACAUAAAAAGCGAGCCAUCACCGCUCUCUCUUCUUAUGUGUUGACUAGUGCGGUGCCUGUGUUAGUCAGACAAUAAAAGUCCACUGCGAGCUCCAAGGUUGCAUGCCUGCACUGUUUUCAGCCCUUGGCGAACAACGGACAGAGAGAAACAAGAUGGCCGCCACUCUGGAUGCAGAGCAGAUCCAGUGCAGCAUCUGUCUGGACAUCUUCUCCAAGCCGGUGUCCAUCCCCUGUGGACACAACUACUGCAUGCACUGCCUCGCCACCUGCUGGGCCACCCAGCAGCAGGCCCAGUGCCCACUCUGCAAGGAGGUCUUCCAUCCCCGACCAGCGCUCCGGGUCAACAGAACUCUGGCCUUCAUCACUGAAGCCUUCACAAGGGCCCUGUCAGAGAACCUUGAGGACAGGGAGGACGGCCUGCAACCGGUUCCCAGGGAAACCAAAGGCCCGGCCCGCCCCGGUCAGCAGGUUGACUGUGACGUCUGCACGGGGCUGAAGCUGGCGGCGGCCAGGUCGUGCCAGGUGUGCAUGAGGUCGUACUGCGAGGCCCACCUCAGAACCCACCAGUCCGACGCAGUGCUGCGCAGACACAAGCUUGCGGAUCCCGCCGCCUUCCCCACCAGGGGCCUCUGCCGGAGGCACCGGGGGCCCUUGGACAUCUUCUGCCGGACAGAGAAGAUGCUGGUGUGCGCCGCGUGCAUCGAGACGGACCACAAGGGCCACGACGUUGUUGUCGUGGAGACGGAGGCGGGCAGGGUCAAGGUGGAGAUGAAGGAGGCAGAGGAACAGCUUCUCCAGAUGGUGCAGAGCAAGAGGGAGAAGGUCCAGGAGAUCGCAGGCUUUCUGCACAAGGGAAAGGAGUUGGCGGACAAGGAGAUGCAGGCGGCGUUUGAGGAGCUGGGGGGCUUCCUCUCCGGAGUCCAGGCCGGCCUGCUGGAGGAAGAGGGGGAGGUGCUGAUGGCGGCGGAGAAUAAGGCAAAGGUGAUGGUGGAGGAGCUUGGGGAGGAGAUCACCCAACUCCAGAAGAGGCGCAGCGAGCUGGAGCAGCUACAGCACACCGAGGAUCAGCUGCACCUCCUGCAGAGUUUUCUUUCUAUGCGCGACCCACCGACCCACAGGAACUGGUCCAAGGUCCGUCUCCACGACAAAAUAAACCUGGGCGGGGCGAGGAGGGCCGUCACCAAGAUGGCUGCCUUCUGCAGAGAGAUGGAGAGGCGGCUGUGUGCCCAAGAGAUCCAAUUGAUCGGCCAGUAUGCAGAUGAUGUGAUUCUAGACCCAGAUACGGCGUGCCCUUGGUUGACUCUUUCCCCUGACGGAAAGCAGGUGAGCCAGAGCAUCCAGAAGAACCCGAGUUGGUUGCCCAGCGACCCCCGGAGGUUCCAGACGUGUGUGUGUGUCUUGGGGACAGAUCCCAUCCAGCAGGGGAGACACAGCUGGGUGGUGGAGGUGGGGGACAAGAGUGAGUGGGACGUGGGCGUGGCCAGGGAGUCCAUCAACAGGAACGGCAUCAUCAGGGUGGAGCCCGAUCAAGGCUACUGGGCCAUCUGCCGACGCAAAGGCGGGGCCGUCACCCCCUGCCCCCCCCCACUCAUCCAGCCCCGCCUCCAGGCCACCGACCCCACCCGGCGGGUGUGCGUGUUCGUCGACUACGAGGAGGGCUCGGUCUCCUUCUACGACGUCGACGCCCACAUGCCCUUGCACACGUUCAGCGGCUGCCAUUUCACCGAGCCCCUCUACCCCUACUUUAACCCCUGUCUCCGUGACAACGGCAUGAACACCGCCCCCUUGGUCAUCUGCCCCGUCGAGGGCCAGAUGACGGGGCAGUAGGUUGGGCCAGGGGUUGUCCCAACCUUUGCUGGCCCUUGACUGACCCCAUGUUUAUCAACUGCAUGUUAUAGUCAACCCGGUAUCACGCGAUUUCGUGCUCAUGCGCACAAACGUUAAUCUGUGUGCAUCGUGUCCCAGAUCAGGAUUGUCCGA